GUCUCGUAUUCGCUUUUUAUUUUUUAGGGGUUAUCGUCUUCUUCCCCCAAAAGGCUCAAAAAUCCUCUCUGCAAACCCCAAUUCUUCCGAUCACGAUCGUCAUUCAAUGAGGAUCAGAGGACGAGGGGCGCCUCCUCUGCCCUCGGAUCUUCCAUCGUCGCCACCGCCGUCGCAACUGCACCACGGCAACGACCAAUCGGUGCAAAGUCCCGCUAGGAAUCAAUCUCCCCCUCCAUCGGCUGACGAUCGACGGACGUCAGAUCUACGGGUUCAAACCGACGGAUUGAUUUGCUCUGAGGGAGAAGGGGUCGGCGCCAAGAAGGUGAGCUCCAAGGAUCAUGAAAUCGGCGUCGGGGAAGAAGAAGGCGGUAGCGAGGAAAUGGGAUUGGCUUCUCCGUCUAAUCGGAGAAGCAGCAACAGCAGCCCCAGUCCAGAAACUUCAUCUGUGAUGGAACACUGGCGUGAGGAAGAUAGAGCAGUUCCACUGAAGAAGAGACGCGCAACAUUCGAAAUGGAAACCAUGAUGGAGAUCAAAGAUGAGAAGGCGAAGAAGAGGAUGAUGAGGGUCAGAAGGAAUAGACCGAAGAAAUGGGUCGAGGAAGAUGAAGGAGAAGAAAACGGAAUGGCAAAGAAUAACGGCAAAAAGGGACGGAGUGGAGCCGGGAUAAUACUUGAAGGAUCGAGGUGCAGUCGCGUGAAUGGAAGAGGGUGGAGGUGUCAUCAACAGACCCUCGUCGGAUACUCUCUGUGCGAGCAUCAUCUGGGGAAGGGAAGGCUGAAGAGCAUGACCAGUGUCAAAAGCUCACCCCUGACUGCACCAGUGCUCCACAAACCCACGAAACCGGAAACCAAUACAGAAGACGAGGAAGAAAGCGAUGGGUAUGAGGGAACAAUGGUGGCGAAAAAGGGCAAGAAGAUUGGGGCGGUGAAGGCUCGGUCCAUGAGUAGCUUGCUAGGCCAAACCGUGGCAUCACCACUACCGGUAACCCUUCAACUCUCUAAUGGCAACUGCGAUAUAUAGCUGUAAUGAUGGUGUGAUAAUAUAAAGUAAUAGGGAUAAUGAGUUCGGUGUUUGUUGUCUGAAACCCCAACUUCAACUCCAUGGUAGGAUAAUGGAUGAAUGAAUGAAUGGAGACUGGUCUUUUAAUUUUGCUU